AUGCGCAUCGGCCAGGUUAUCCAAGGAAACUACCAGGUGGUGGCCAAACUAGACUAUGGUACAACCUCGACGGUGUGGUUGUCCAGAGAUCUUAGAGACGACAAAUUCUGGGUUUUGAAAGUUCAUAUUAGUACCCUCAAGCACAACCAAGAAUUGCUAGUCUCCAAACAUUUGUCCGACGUCAAUUUUGAUCACGCAGGCAAGAAACAUGUACGACAAUUCCAACAGACAUUCAAACUGAAUGGCCCCCAUGGUGAACAUGAUGUUUUUGUCAUGCGUCCCCUAGGAAUGAGUCUCAGAACUCUACAAGAGUUGCAGAAAGACAAGGUAUUUCAGAAGGAUCUCGUCAUCGGUGCCCUCGAUCAAACAUUGUUGGGUUUGGACUAUCUGCACGACGCCAAUGUUAUCCAUACUGAUAUUCACUCGGAUAACCUUCUCAUUGCCCUAACCGACGACUCGAUUCUCUCCAAAGUGGAGGAUAAUGAGUUUCACCGGCCGUCAGCACGAAAGUGCGUUGACGACACCGUCAUCCACGUCUCUCAGUACAUGUUGGGGGCCGCUGGUGACCUUACAAUUUGCGAUCUCGGACAGGCGCGCAUCGGGGAGGUGUACCGCGGAAAUGCAAUGCCAGUGCCGUAUCGCGCUCCUGAAGUCAUUCUCGAUAUGACUUGGGAUAAUGCUGUAGAUAUCUGGAGUGUUGGGCUUUUGGCUUGGGAUCUCCUGCAUCAGGAAGGCCUCUUUCGCAUUUAUGACCAGUCUCAGGAGCUGAAUGAUGCUCAUCACCUAGCUGCCAUGACGGCACUUCUUGGGCCACCGCCGGAUAUUUUUCUCAGGAGAAGCGACGAGACGAGCAAGUCAUUGGCAUGGUCCCGUUCCCCUCCCACCUGA